AUGACAACCAACCACAUUCAUCAACAACGCCAUUAUCAUCAUCAUCCAUAUUCAACAUACCAACAACAACAUCAUUACCAACAUCGUUCGAAGCAUGAGUCUGUGCCUUUCCAAAUCCACCCAUCUACAGGUGCCAUCACAUCAUCCAACGCACAAUCCUGUCGAUAUGAUUCUUCAUUGGGGCUGUUGACUAAAAAGUUCAUUGCGUUAUUACGUUCCAGCGCUCAUGGUGAAUUGGAUUUGAAUCGUGCUGCAGCACAACUCAAGGUGCAAAAGCGACGAAUUUACGACAUUACAAAUGUAUUGGAAGGCAUUCGGCUUAUUGAAAAGAACUCAAAGAAUCAUGUGCGAUGGAUCGGAAAUCGUCAUGCGACAGCAUCAUCAUCAUCAUCAUCACCAACAUCCUCCAUCACUACUACAUCGUCCUCUUCAUCUUCAUCUUGCAUCAUGUCAUCCAAUCUAGACGAAUUGGAGCACCGAUUAUCACUCCUAAAGCGGCACAAUGUAUCACUCGAGCGAGAACAUGACCGAUUGCAUAGCAUCAAGCAACAUGUGGAUCACGAGAUCGAGGGGGUAUUAAGGCGUCACAAGAACCAUUGUUAUCUCACCCUUGAAGACUUGGCUCAGUACCAGACAAAGUUAGCUCAAGAAGUUCUUGUGAUCGUCAAUGCUCCUUACAAUACCGACAUUACCGUUCACCAGCCGUCGUUGCCAUCUACUUUGCUAAAGACACAACCAACCAAGGUAUUUUUAUUAUUUACCCAUUGA